AUGUCUCCUCUGCUUUGUCUCCCUCUGCUGGUUGUGCUCCUGCAUCCAGCUCUCUGCAUCUACAACUGCUCCUCUGUGUAUGAGCGCACCCCAGGUUAGCUAUCUGUCACUUUAACUGAGCUAUAGGUGCUUUUUCCUCCCUACUUAAUGCUACAGUAUUUAUUUGUAAAUUUCACACUUGUGUCUUCUUCUCUCUUUAGACAACUCUGACCUGACAGUUGACUGUGGCACAAGUGUGAUCACCCUGGAGAUUAACCUGUGCACAGCUCAAUGGGCCGGCUUCAACACCACAGACCUGGCUCUGAACGGCAACCAUAACACUUCAGACUGCCUGGGCACUGUUGACACCAGCGUGGACCCUCCAAUCAUCCGCUACCAACUUCCUGUUAACCACAGUCAGGAUAAUCCCUGUCGCCAGUCUCUGCAGGUUAGAAAGUUGCUGCUAGAAGAUGCAUGAUAAAAAUUAAAAAAAUAAAAGUAAAUGGGAAAAUUUCCCAAUAGUGCUGGUUUCUAGCUGUGAGGUGCAUUAUUUCCCCUCCUUAGACUCAAUCAGCAUAAAAGUAAUUUACUACAAUGGAGGACACCAUGUUUGAGAGGAAUUAUUGGUGUGCAGCUUGAGUUAAAGUUUGACUGAUGCCAUUGGUUAACCCAAGGGAAGCGGAGAGCACCAAGGCCUCUGAGAGCACAAGGAGCUCCAAAAUAAUUGACUUUACUUCAGCAAAUUCUCACAGCAUCCACUCUUUAAUAAAGGUUGAGGCAAAUUUGGAUAUAUUUCAAAUUAAAACAUCUUUCUGUUUAAUAUCAUCAGCGAAAUCUGCAAAUGGUAGCAUUUAACCACAAACUAGUCAAAACUGGCUGAAAGCUGUUACCUUUCAGGUUAAAAACUCUUACAGAUAAGCGCCUUUAACAAAUAGCCAAGUUCUAACUGUGUGUUUUGUUGUGGUGUCCAGAUUGUAGAUGAGGCCCCGGACCCCACAGGUCCCUUCAGCAGCUUCUCAAGCAUCCAGUCAGUAAUCAUCACAGGGUACAUCGACACACCCAGGUCUGACCAGGGACUGAUCAGCUACUCUACGGACCUCUACUAUCACUUCUCCUGCCGAUAUCCGCUGGAGUACCUGAUCAACAACACAGAGAUUGUGGCGUGAGUAUUGAGGGAUUGAUCAUUUGAUAAGUACGAUGCACAUGUAUCCUUGUAUCCUUAAUCGACAUAGAAUAAUCUUUUUUUUCCCCAUUGUUUUGCAGUUCCUCAGUGUCUGUGGCGACUAGUGAUAAUAACGGCACCUUUAUUGACACUCUGACGAUGGGUGUUUAUAACGUAAGUACUUGGAUCAAACCAAUCAGUGAGCCAUUUUCACUGUUUUUGACUUUUUUUAACCUAGAUGUUUUCCCCUCCAGGACUCUGACUACUUUCACCCAUUAGUUGUACCUUCAUCAGGACUUGAGCUACGUUCCAGGAUCUAUGUAGAGGUCAAGGCCGUUAACCUCACCGGAAAGUAAGUGAAGCCACUUUCUCUGUGACCCUUUAUCUGGAAGUAGAAACUGAAAUUGGAGUGAAUGCAGGAUGUUUUUAAGUUAAACUCAAACCACUGUCCUGUUGUCCUGUCUUCAGCUUCUAUAUUCUGCUGGAUCACUGCUUCGGUACUCCCACAUUGUACAACAUGUCCCAGACUGAACAGCACAACUUCUUCCUCGGGUAAAGAUAUGCAUUAUUACAGUCAGCAUUAUCGGCGUUUGAAAUGUCUACAUAUUCUAAUUAUUCUACUCUCUACUAGCUGCUCAGUGGACCAAAGGACAUCUGUGUCCAGCAACGGCCUCUCCAGUAUCGCCCGGUUUAACUUUGAGGCCUUCCGCUUUGUUCAACACCGUGACCAGAGCAAGUCGAAGAUCUAUAUCCACUGCAUACUGAGACUCUGUGAGCCCACCAAAUGUCAAGAGCUGCUCUCUGUAAGUGAACACAAAUGCUCCAAAGACACUUCUAGAUACAGGAUUGCAUGGUAAUGAGGUUUAAGAGGAUGAAAAUAGACAUAAAAACAUAGAAAGACACACUUUAUGACACAUUUUUUCCAAAUUCAGUGAAGGCCUAAAUCAAACUAACUCUAAGGGAUGUUUUCUAGGCCUGUAAUAACAGAAGAAAAAGAUCUCUGACUCCUUUUGGAGAAGAAAGCACUGAAUCUGCUACUGUUUCAGUUGGACCCAUUUACACCGCCAGAGAAGGUGAGACUUAAUCAAUUAAAAAAAAACAAAAAAAAAAACACCACUGUGAAUUAUAGUUUACUUUUUUUUGCUGACUUUCUCUUUCUCCUCCUCUGCCAAAGACAGUCAAUAUUCAGCUGGACAAAGUGAGUAUUUUUUUUAAACUCAGAUUCAUUCAUUUAUUACAAACGCUUCACAUCUUGGAGGAUAUUACAUCUUUGAAAAGGUAAUUUUCAACUUCUCCCCCUCCUUCUACCAGGUAACAGUGUGGGAUCAGGGAUGGAGGACGUGAACGUGACAGGCCUGGUGGUGGGGGUGGUGUUUGGGUCGGCUGCUGCCGCCGUGCUGGUUCUGGGUGGCUGGUUUGCCGUGAAGAAGUUUUAUUUUGUGGGAGGGUUACCUCGUGCUUUCAACUGA